CCCACUGCUAAAAGUCUGUUUACGGCAGUCCGUUUUAAGCCGUUGUUGUUGCUAUGGCAUCACCUACAUUAACUAAAUCCGUUGUACGCUAAAGAGGUAACAUUUGGGAAUAUUUUGUUUUCAAAUAUAAUUUAUGGAUUGGUCGAUAUGUUGCUAUUCUCCCGCUGUUCUGAUAUUCUGCAAUAAACAACAGCACUGGAGAUGGUGCAGUGACUGGCCACUCAGAGCCGCCAUCUUUUAUCGUUCUGUUAUCCCGUCUCUUCAAAACAAGCUGAUAAUGACUGUGCUAUAAUCGGCGUAUUGCACUGGAAACUGACUACUUCAACUGUAUCACUCCGCGCGUUGCUAACACUGUCAAACCCUAACAACGCCUCGUUUUACAUAAACUAUAAACAUUUAUAGCUAAUGGAGCUAACAGCUAACACUAUGAAUGCAGACCUGAAGGAUUCCUGUGAAAAAAUGGAUUUGUGUCAAGUGGAAACCAAAGAGAAGAUCAUUGUGAAAGAAGAGUAUGAGUCAGAGGAAGAUGAAGAAGAGGAAGAGUGUGUGCUAAAUCCUGCUGAGAUUUCUAGACAAGUUAUGCUGUUAGACCUGGAACUGGAUGAACUUGAAGAGAGCAUGGGUGAAAUAAGUAAGCUUUCACAGAAGCAGACACGAUGGGCUGUGAGCUCUUUCACUUGCUGGUUGGAGUCCCAGGGGCAGCAGGUGGACCUGGCCACAGUGCAUAAAACCGAGCUGAACACUCUGCUGAGGAGAUAUUACGGAUCAGUACGAACCGGCAAAGGAGAGCUGUAUGGGAUUUGUAGUUACCUCGCCCUGAGAGCCGGACUUAACCGCAUCUUCAAAAUUCCUCCUCUUAAUCGCACUGUGAACAUAAUGAGAGAUGUGGAGUUCACCUCAGCAAACAAGGUGUUCCUGGGCGUGCUGAGGAAAAUAAGGAAGUCUGGUUUAGACAUGUCCUCAUCCCACCCGACGCUGUCUCCUGAUGACAUCCUCAUCCUCAGACGCUCAAAAGCAAUGGACACCAGCACUCCAAAGGGACUCCUGAACAAAGUCUGGUUUGAUAUUCAGGUACAUUUCGGCCGCAGAGGGAAGCAAUCCAACAGGAAGCUGAGAAAAGAUUCAUUUGUACUCGGGCAAGACGGGAAAGGACUCCGAUACCUAACUUUAUCCCUACCAGACGAAGCAAAAACUCAUAAUGAGAAGGAAACAAGUUCAAUGUUUGAGAAGCCGUGCAAUGAAUUCUGUCCUGUGACUUCUCUUUUAAAGUACAUCAGCAAGUUCCCGCCCAAAGCUGUCAACCUUUACUUGCAACUUAAGAGAGAACCUACAGAUCAGAUUUGGUACAGCCACCUCCCCCUAGGAGUCAAUUCUCUUGGCGCAAUGUUGUCCCGCAUGUCCAAAGAAGCAUGCACGUCAACCGUCUACACCAAUCACUGCAUCAGCACCACACCGUUUCAAGUACUGUGUGAUGCAGAAAUGGAGGCGGCAGCAAUAAUUCCUGUUAUUCCACAAACUACUGUGCGAAGGACUGAAAUCACAAUCCAUAUUCUCCAGGCGCCACCCCCCGGGGUCCCUAAGCCACUGAGGAUGAUAUUGCCGAAGAUCGAUUCAAACUGCCCGGCAGGACUGCCACUGGAUAAGGGGGCGCCUUUAAUAGAAGAUCAGUCCAAAUCUGCACCACGGCCGCCAAGUUUGGAAAUAAACAAUGAAGAUUUCUUGGAGGAUUUCCCGCUCCUCCACAGUGCUUCACACUCCAACUACAUUCCGGACGCCGUGCUGCCUCCUGGGGAGCCGUGGCUCGAUGGCGGCCCCUCCCGGGCAGCGCUGUCCCUGCCCUCCUGCCUGUGCAUGUGCGAAAACUUCGCGUCUGGAAUGUCUGGUCCUGGUUCUGCCUGCGAAGACCAGAUGGAAGAGAUCAAAGUGUACGCCAAGUGUCACCUGCAGAAGGGAGUCAUGUUUGGGCCCUUCGUAGGAGAAGUGUGCAAAGGACAAAUGCCGACCAACCUCAAAUACGCCUGGGCUAUCCGGGAUGAUGCCUCUUUUGUCUACAUCGAUGCAUCUGAUGAAAGCAAGUCUAAUUGGAUGAGGUAUGUAACGUAUACCAGCAUCGAGGAGGAACGCAACCUGGUUAUCUUCCAGUUCUACCGCCACAUCUACUACAGAGUUUCCCAGCCCAUCAUGGAGGGAGCAGAGCUCAAGGUCUCGAUCGGAAAGGACUAUGCCGCCCUGCUGGGCCUGGGGACGGGUGACAACGGGAAAUGCGAUGUUGGAGACAAAGAAACAAUCCUGCGCCUUCUGCAAGACAUCCAACUGGUCACCCUGCCAGAACCCAGCAGCUCCUCCCUUUGGUCCGACAACAGCCAAUCACAGAGCCCGAUGCUGCUCAUCAGUGACGUGACGACGAUGUCAAACCCAGACGCAGCCAGUGAUUCAACGUGUGGCCCCUCCCUCAUCUCCCUCCCCGCCCCGUGCUUAGAUAAGCUAUACGAUUUCCUGCCUGGGACAGAGAAACUGCUGAGUAACUCGAACACCUUACCGAACAGCCCGUGGUUCUUCUUCGGAUUUGAGCCGGACCCGACGGGACGGCCUCUGGAUAGGAGCACCGGGGUGUGUAAGCUGUGUAGGGAACAUGUGGGCUGCGGAGGAGGACCAGCAGAUCUCCAAAUCCAUCUGACCAACAAGCACCACAUCAAAACACGGGACGCUAGCAAAGAUCGGAGUCAUUCCUGCACAGGCCAACAGCGCUCGCAGCCAGUAAUGGUUAACAGUGGUCUGGUCAGCACACUGCCCUUGGUUUCCUCGGUUCAUGUCACCAAUGCAAUCGUCAACUUUCUCAUCAAGGACCUCCAGCCCCCCACUAUGGUGGGAGGGGACGGCUUCAAACAGCUGAUGCACAUCCUGCUGCCCGCCUACAAGGAGCUGCUGUCAACCGGCCACCUGGAGCACCUCCUGAAAGAACAACACAGCAAAGGCAAGACAAGCCUGGCUCUGCUGCUGAGCAACAGAAUAGUAAGCAGCGAAAACGAGGAGAUACCCGACUACACCGCUCCGCUCGAGUUCGAGUCACGGAGACGCGGGCGACCUCCCAACCAGCCGAGGGAAGUGCCUCACUUUGUCACUUUAAGUGUGGACGUUUGGUUUCACAACUGGCAGGGCAAACAGGAGAGGUACCUCACCCUCUGGGUGCAUUACAUAGACUGUCAUUUUAGUUUUCUGAACCUGGCUCUGGCAACACAAAGACUAACGGAAAGCAGUGGGGAGGACCUUUGCUUGGUGGAGGCUCAGGGGAAAGUGAUGGCCCAGGAGUGGGGGAUCUCUCAGCCUAAUCUGGUCCUGCUGGGAGGGGAGGGAAGAAACAAGAUGAGGCGAGUGAAAAGAGAAAAAGGUGCAGAGGCUGCAUGCAGCGUUCCUCACCCAAUCUCGACAACAUUCCUUGAGAGGGAGGAUUCUGUGUCACCCCAGGAAGCGCAGGGACACUCUAUGGAAGGACUACCGUCUGUGUCGUGUUUCUUCAGCGCUGUGCAAGGCUGCAUCGAGGAAGUGAUGUCCCACUCCAUCAUCUCCAAAACCCUCGGCCAAUUCCAGAUUAUUUUCGCAACCCUGUUCCUGCCCCCGGCUCGGAACAGAACGUCUUACGAGCACCACGUCCAGACUCUGUCGCAAAGCCUUACGAGAGAGGAAGAGGCGGAGUUAAAGUCGUGGACUCACUUUCCGCCAACGUGGAACAAGUUGUACAUUUUGCUGAGCACCCUUGUCAAAUAUAAGAGCCUUUUCUAUGAUAUGAUGAAGGAGAUUAAAGGCGAGGGCUUGUCUAAAGAAGACACCGGUUCAGAAUCCAGUUCGUUCCGCAGCUGCCACGCCAACUCAUCGUCUCUGCACUUUGAAUGGAAGGUUCUGGAGGAUCUUUGUUUGGUCCUCAAACCUCUGGACGUGGCGUGUCGGACUCUGGCCAAGGAGGCGUUCCCCCGACUGUCCCUAGUCAAGCCCAUCCUCACGGGCCUGCUCUCCCGCCACCUCGUGCUGCUGCCGGGGGAGUCGUCAUCCAUCGUGAAGGAAGUGAAGAGGAUGAUGAGGCGCAACUUGGCGAGUUGUUACGACAACCCUAUGGUCAACAGGGUUCUGUGUGUGGCAUGUGCCCUCGACCCCCAGUUCCAUGGGCUGCGCUUCAUGGACGACAAGGAGCGGGAAGCCACUUUUGAGUGGCUAAAGAAAGAGGCUGUGAGGAUUGUAAAGGAGAACAGGAAAAAGGGCCAGGGUAAGAAGCAGAGCCAGAACAAGAGAAGCGCAUCGCCUGGGUCUCCAGAGUCCGAGUGCGAUUUCCUACGGAGGAGCAAGCGCAUCAAAGAGUCCCGCCCCAUCAACUUCAGAGAGAUGGAGUGUGCGGACGAAGAGAGUGACGCGGGGGAGGCAGAUGAGAGCGACUGUCCUGAACCGGUCCCUCAGGCAGGACUCUCUGGGAUGGAGUUCCUCCUGGGAGACCUGUUCUGCUCCUCCCCUAAGAGCAGGCAGAGCUCCGUGGAGGAGUCUGUAGACAUGGAGAUGUCCGCCUACAAAGCCGACAAGGGGGCGUCGCUGGGGGUGGAGCCCCUGCAGUGGUGGAGGAUGAAGGCAGGUCAGUUUCCUCUGCUGGCCACAGCUGCACGGGCCUACCUGGCCGCCCCCGCAGUGGCAGGUAGCGCCGCACAGGACUUUGCACAGGAAGGGGCGGGAGCAGCGCACAGGAAGAGAGGAAACAUUCCACCAGAAAGUUUGGACUCCAUCUUGUUUCUGCAUUACAACCACAUGUCCACCUCUGAGAGCGGGCGAGCUUUAGCUAGGAGCGACGACAGAAUAUAAAAGGUUGUGUAGACACACAAAA